UUGACAGCUGUGAAGCUGACUCUGCCUGCUUCACUCAAGCGCUCCCCGGCGUCAGCCAUCUUGCCUGCCCUAGACCGAGUGCGGAAGUAACGUUAGAAACUGUACUUUGUGCAGGUUCAGGUUUCCGCCUGUGGACGGUUUGCAAUAUCCUCCAACCGACACAGACAGCUAUCGAUUAACAGAAAACAUUUGUGAUUACCAGAAGCACACGAGAUGGCAGGACGAUUACCGGCGUGUGUUGUCGACUGCGGUACAGGAUACACUAAGCUGGGGUAUGCAGGGAACACAGAGCCACAGUUCAUUGUUCCAUCAUGUAUUGCAAUCAAAGAGUCGGCCAAGGUUGGAUCAAGGACGGUCAAGGGGGUGGACGACCUGGACUUCUUCAUCGGAGAUGAGGGGAUAGACAAGCCCAAUUAUGCCACAAAGUGGCCCAUCCGUCACGGCAUUGUCGAGGACUGGGACCUGAUGGAGAGGUUCAUGGAACAGGUGAUCUUCAAGUACCUGAGGGCGGAGCCUGAGGACCACUACUUUCUGUUGACAGAGCCUCCUCUGAACACACCAGAGAACCGAGAGUAUACAGCAGAGAUCAUGUUUGAGUCCUUCAACGUCCCAGGGCUCUACAUUGCAGUGCAGGCUGUCCUGGCGCUGGCAGCCUCCUGGACAUCCAGACAGGUGGGGGAGAGGACACUGACGGGGACGGUCAUCGACAGCGGAGACGGAGUCACCCACGUUAUCCCUGUGGCUGAGGGCUACGUCAUCGGCAGCUGUAUAAAGCACAUCCCCAUCGCGGGUCGUGACAUCACCUACUUCACCCAGCAGCUUCUGAGGGAGCGGGAGGUGGGCAUCCCCCCAGAGCAGUCCCUGGAAACGGCCAAGGCAGUCAAGGAGCGUUUCAGCUACGUGUGUCCUGACCUAGUGAAAGAGUUCAACAAGUACGACACGGACGGCUCCAAGUGGAUCAAGCAGUACACUGGAAUUAACAACAUCAGCAAGAAGGAGUUCACUGUCGACGUGGGCUACGAGCGCUUCCUUGGCCCUGAGAUCUUCUUCCACCCAGAGUUUGCCAAUCCUGACUUCACCCAGCCCAUCUCCGAAGUUGUGGACGAGGUUAUCCAGAACUGCCCCAUUGAUGUCAGACGUCCUCUUUACAAGAACAUUGUCCUGUCAGGCGGCUCCACCAUGUUCAGGGACUUUGGGCGGCGCCUGCAGAGGGACCUGAAGAGGACUGUGGACGCCAGGCUGAAGAUGAGUGAGGAGCUGAGUGGGGGCAAGCUCAAGCCCAAACCAAUUGAUGUGCAAGUCAUCACUCAUCAUAUGCAGAGAUAUGCAGUGUGGUUCGGAGGAUCCAUGUUAGCCUCAACUCCUGAGUUCUACCAGGUAUGCCACACCAAAAAGGACUAUGAGGAGAUCGGGCCCAGCAUCUGUCGUCACAACCCCGUGUUCGGAGUCAUGUCUUAACUGUGGCCCUCCAAUAUCUAAUGGUUAGACAGGGUGGGUUGGGUUGGGAGGGUAGGGGGUGGUCAUGGGAGGGGGUCAGGGUUGGUGCGUUUGCGAUUUUUGAUUGCUCGUUCAUUCUGGAUGUACAGAACGAGAGGCGAUACAGAAUUUUAAAAAAGGAAAAAAGAGACCAGACCAAACACAGUCCGGCUGGAAAUUUUAUUGGAAAUGUUUCUUUUUUCUUUUUAUUUUUAAUUUUUUUUCAAAAUGAGGGAAAUAUGGUUUCUAAACCAAAACUAUAAAAAAUCAUUUCCGGAUCUGUCGAGCAACAUGCUGAAAAGCGUGAUGGUGGUGGGGGAUUUGAUGGUGACAAUAAUAUUGAUGAUGAUAAUAAAACUAGAAGUCAAAACAUUAUUUAUGUUUGUAGAACUUGAGUCCAGGGAAUAUCUGGCAACUCAAGCUAUUGUUGAUCAUGGCAAGGUUAUAGAACAUAUUAAUGUCUCCUUUACAAUUUUUUUUUUCUGCUUCAAAUGCACUUCACUUUAUGUACCACAGCAAGAGCUUGUUUAUAUUUCAUACAAAGGUUUUUUAUAUGUAAAACUUGGGAUAUCCGGGGAGAAAAAUGUAAAUGCAUACCAGUAUCAGCAAGUGACCAUUUUAACCCACAAUGCAGCUUUGAUACACAGUAUUUUUUUAAGUUAGAAAACUUUCUCUCCCUCAUUAUUCUACCCAUGUCUGUCCUUGCUAUUUCCCUUUUAAUUCUACAUUAACACGCCUCUGCUUUUACUUUCGACCAUUCCAGAUUUCCUCUUCUAUAUUGCAGUGAAAGAAAGAAAAGAAAAGAGAACUCUAUUCAUAAAAUAAUUGUGAUGAAAUUGAAAGAGAAUGACUGUAGGACCAGUAUUGUUAGCCUUUUUUUUUUUUUUAUUACAUGCCAAAUUAUCAAAAAAGGUGGGAUUUGUGUAUUUAAUGCCUUACAACAUUCCAAUAAAGGCUCAAAUUUGUUUCUCA